AUGGCGGGAGACAAGAAAGACUAUUCGGACCUUCCAGAAGCCGCGCCCCAUGUUGCGGACUCUGGACUGGAAACCGCGGCUCAGCAUCCUGCGCACGAGGGGUUGCAGGUGUAUUCAUACCCACAAGAGCACUUUGGUGCGGAGAAGAGAGCAGCCUGGUCGAGCGAACAAGAGGUGCAUCCUUUCCGCGACGGACCUGCCGGCCAGCCUUGGCCGCAAGAUGAGAAGGUAGACCGACCACAUGACCAGAAACCGAAGCGCCGAAUCUGCGGUCUCAUACCAUGGGUCUUCUGGCUCUUGCUUGCGAUUGUAGCGGUUGUUGUAGUUGCGGGCGCAGUAGGAGGUGGUGUUGGCGGAGCGUUGUCGAAUAAAAGCAGCGAAAAGUCCACGACGGCAGCAAGCGCGGCCGUCUCUUCGUCGAGUACAAGUGCAUCAGCUACUGUUCUUUCGAGCUCUUCGAGCGCCUCGAGCUCCUCGAGCGCAUCAAGCUCUACAGCUUCGCCCUCGUCAACCACGUCAACAAUGUCUUUCACAAGCACGACGAUUGUGGGCCCGUCGGCCUCCUCCUUGGUCCGCGACUGUCCGUCUGUAAAUAACACAAUCUACUCCACAGGCUCCAGCAGCUCGCCAAUGCUGUUCAGAAGGCUUUGCGGAAUGAGUGUCAUCAACGUCGGUCAGGCAGACCUGGUCAACGGUCCCACAAGGUCACUCGAGAAGUGCAUUGAUGCCUGCGGCGCAUAUAACAUCAAUAAUGCAACUAGUAUCCAUGCAGGCAAGAGUCAGCCGUGUAACGCAGUCUGCUGGCGGAAUACCUUCAAUACGGACUGGCCAGGUCAAUGCUUUGGCUACACAAGCCAGAACUCGAGCGGGCAGUUUACAAUCAAUCAGCCUUUAGAGUUGCAAUGCGAUUCAGCUGCGUGGAUCAACCAGAGUUUCUGA